UACAGCUUCCGACUCUGAAGACCUGACCCUGAGCAAAACCUUCCUGGUCCCCAGCUGCAGUCUUAAAGUGUUGAAGCUUACAGCCAUCAUGAAGGUGAUUGUCAUAACCUUGGCCCUUGUUCUGAUCACAGGAACUCAAGGUGCAGUCCUGUGGCGAAAUGAGCCCCAAAAACGUCUAGAUAACCUGAAAAAUACUCUUCAGAACUACUUCAGUCAAGUUAGUGACAAAGCUCGAGACACUAUUGAGCACAUUGAUAACUCUGAGUUUGGCAAGCAGCUAAAUUUAACAAUUUCAGAGAGCUUGGAGAAACUCAACGGAUAUGUUACAGAACUGCAAAGGAUUGUGUCUCCCCUGUCAGAUGAAAUUCGUGAGAGAUUACAGAAAGACAGAUUGCAGCUGGAGGAGAAGAUUCAGACGGACUUGAAGGAGUUUAAAGUUAAAAUCCUUCAGUACACCAGUGACCUCCGCAAUAAGGUCAAUCUUAGUGUUGAGACAUCCCAGUUUAUGCUAGAACCCCUGGCCAACAGCAUUCAGGAGCAGGUUAUUCAGAAUGCUAAAAGCCUCCACCAAAAGCUGACCCCUAUAGCUGAGGAAAUCAAGGCGAAAAUUCAGUCUAAUAUGAAGGACUUUAAAAUGAAUAUUGCACCAUUUACUGAAACCGUUCGCAAGAGAUUGGAUGCUCAUCCUUUUACCAGCAAACUAAGUGAAAAAUUUGAUCAAAAGCUGGAAGAGAUGAGACAGACAUUCACUCCUGUGGUUGAGAGCUUCCAACAGCAUCUCACCCCAUAUUCUAAAGACCUUAAAAGCAAGUUGACCUCUCUGUGGGACAGACUCCACCAAAAUUUUAAUGAAGGAUACUAAGAGAAACCAAAUGGCCCAUUUUGUACUGAGUAGUGGCCUGUCCUUUAUUUCAGUAUUAGCUCCUUAAAGUUCCAAUGUUUACUUUAAUGUACAUGGGUUUUAUUUAUUUUGUAGCCAGGAUACAGCCAAAAUGCUGCGUUAAUAUAACCUAACACUGCCUUUACAAGAAGAAUUGUUCCCAUAUUUGGGGAAGUUUGUUAUCACAAAUUUUGUUGUCACAAAUUAUGUUUCUGUCAGGCGAGCUGACGUUAAGGGUAUCCUUUCUAAAUGCACACAAUGGCUUCAUGAAGAACGUCAGCAUCAGUGGGUUGCCAGGCUAUGUUGCUAUCUGUGAUCAUUACAAGUUAAUC